GAGGAGGUGGGGAACUCGCGUCGAGGUUUUCUCGGCGAGAGGCGCGGCGUCUGCACUGCCUCUCCACCCUUGUCUCGGAGCGAACACCAGACAUCGAUGCCGGCGGAUUUUACAAGGAGGGUUUCAAGGUGGGGAGAGGCGCCGUGGUUUGGAAGAGGCGUGGGUGAGGAGGCGCUGGGGCACGUUUUAUUCUGCUGUGCGUCCCUUGCGGCCCGGCGAGCGAAAUUUGGCUUUGAGGGGGUUUGAGGUGCCUGCGCUUCACUUUGGUCAGCCACUGGCUCGGUUGUUUUGCAAUCCGUUCGGUCUCCGCGGCCACUGA